GUCCGCCGGCGCCUGCUGGUAGCCAGGCUCCGGGAAGGGGCCCCGGGGCCGAAUGGUCGCCCCGCGCGCCCUGCUCGCCCUUGCAGUCUGCGCCUGCUACCCGGCUUCCUACCUCACGAACAAGUAUGUCCUGUCUGUCCUGAAAUUCACCUACCCUACGUUGUUCCAAGGGUGGCAGGUGCUUGUGGGCGGCCUUCUGCUGCAUCUGUCCUGGAGGCGGGGCUGGGUGGAGAUGCACGGCGGCUCCAGAUCUGACGUGCUGACAUGGCUUCCAGCCUCCAUGCUGUUUGUGGGUAUAAUCUAUGCCGGCUCCAGGGCCUUGUCCAGACUGCCCGUGCCUGUGUUUCUUAUUCUGCACAACGCAGCUGAAGUCAUCUUCUGCGGGCACCAGAAGUGUUUUCGGAAAGAGAAGAUAUCUUCUGCAAAGAUCUGCAGUACCCUCUUCCUCCUGGCUGCGGUGGGGUGCCUUCCCUUCAACGACCCCCAGUUUGAUCCAGAGGGAUAUUUCUGGGCUGUGAUUCACUUGUUGUGUGUAGGGGCCUAUAAGAUAGUGCGGAAGGCCCAGAACCCCAGUGCGUUAAGUGAUAUUGACCAGCAGUAUUUAAACUAUAUAUUCAGUGUAGCGCUCCUGGCAUUUGCGUCUCACCCCACAGAAAGACCCCUGUGUCCAGUAGGGGGCCCCUGGCUUGAUGAUGACCUUAUCCAAUCCUGCGCUCCUCCCAAGAGCCUUACCCCUAAGGGCCGUAUUCCGAGUGACCUCGUCAGUGUCCUGGACUUCCCGUUCCUGUAUUUCUACAGAUUCCACGGCAGCUGUUGUGCCAGACGCACCAUAAAAUGCUACACAGAGCCAGACCAUCUGUCCCCACACAGGAAAGGGUACCCUGAGAAGCAGUGAGUCUUUCCGGAGCAGAGGUAGGUAGGUUUCUGAUGGGGUUGGUCAUGCCCUCUGGUGUUUAGGGCAAAGGGGAAGAAAAGGUGCAGUGUUACAGUUUUCUGCAUGGGGCCUCCGAAUGCUUGUAUUUAUCACGGUCCUGUCAGAGUUUCCGGAAAGCACUAGCAGGAUGUGUCCUCUGAGCUCGUCACUUCGGUAAGGCUGGUUCGCCUGCCCGUGAGCGAGGCUUCCACAGCGGGAGUCUUAGCGCUGCUGUGGGCCUGGCUGUGUUUCCCUUUAGGUUAACUAGUUGGUGGCACAAACAAGCAGGGAGGGAGGGAAGGUCAACGGCCAUUUGGAUAUUUGAGACCAAGCAGCCGUUCACAGCUCAUUGGUGCUGGCUUCGCGGGUGGGCAUGGUGAUAUUGUGUCUUCAUUCCGGCCACAAUGAUCGGCAGCUUUCUCAUAAGCCAACAUAAUACAGCAGGUCUUUUUACCUUAAAGAUUUGGACAUCUUGCUUGAAUUGAUUUAACUCUCCGUUACAUGUUUCCCCCACCUCCUGGCUUUAGUACAAAGCGUGACCUCUCUGAAGUAUGUUCAGUUUUCCCACAUCGUUUAAGUGGCUCCUCACAUCACUGAGAGUUGUCACCUUUAAGAGGUCUUAGGGGAGCCGUACAGGGGUCAUGAAGACCUGAGGGGACAAAGUAGCCAGGGAUGAGGACGCCACAAACAAGGCGUCUCCUGUUCCCAGGCUCCUUUGCUUCGGGGGUUCCCCCCUCUGCUUUUUAGUUCUGCCUCCCUGGCAGGGAUGGAAGAGCUGAAAGCAGAAGGAGAAAGAUGAGGCAUCUGUGAGUGAUGCAGAAAUGUUUCAGACUAACAAGUCCAGCGAUAAGCACAUCCGUCUCAAACCUGAAGUAACAUCUCCCGUCCUGGGUUUGCCCCAAGGGGACAGGUCACCUUGCCCCUCCUCUGGCAGGAGGACAGGUGGGGAGGAUAGGACCAGAGGUCAUGCAGGUACUUAAGGCUGGACAGCACUUGGGAUGUGGUCACUUCCUCGGAUGCAGGGGAGCCCUGGGGCACUGCUGCCUCACUUUCAACCCUGCCCUCGUGGCCGGGGCAGCCAGAGCAUGUCACUGCCUGGCUGGCCAAGGCCACAUGACCCUGGAGAGGUUUCAAGAGCCAUGGAAACCUGGCUUCUCACUAUACCUGGGCCUCACGUUCCAUGUCAAAAAAGGAAAACUCAGGCUCCGUCUCUGGGUCCCAUGAGAUAGGAUGAGGACAAUUCUGCCGACUCAUACUUUAAGAACUUCAGGUAAGAAGUGGGUGGGCAGAGAUCUGCUCCAAGUCACACAGGUCAGUGAGCACAGCUAAGAGCAGGACUCAAGACCGCCAGAUCUGAUUGGUGAGUGCACUGCUUACCCACGGGCCUCUCUGCCUUGGGGGUGUAAUUCUCGCUGUCUCCACCCGCAGCCAUCCAGCCUCCCUGGCUGCACGUGCAAAUGGGGACAACUUUGCGGGUCAGUGGGGGAAUUUGACGCCUGUCCCUGGCCUGCACCAAGAGUGUGGCUGUGAAGCCAGUCUCUCAUGAAGUGCAGUAUGCAUUUCUGAAACUUGGCCCCAGCUGUGUUUGAUUCAGUUCACCCUGCUUCCAGUCCAACCUGACAUUUAUUUAGAACCUGCUAUGUUCAAACCACCAUGUUAGCUCUUUUGGGGGCAAAUACAAUGAUCAGCCCAAGACCCCCCCACUCUCUCAACUUGCGAUCCAGCUGUGGCCACACACCAGCAACUGUCAUAAAGGUCAGAGGGAAGCAUUGCGCUGAUGUCUGGAGGUAGAAAUGAAGUACAGCUCACAUGAUCUCCUCUCUGGCUGGGGGGGGGGGUCACGUGACCCCCUCUCAGUCAAGUCACUCACUUUUCCAUUUUCAGUUUUGAUCAGAAGUCAUGCCCUGUCCACUACCUGCACAUCUGUGCAGGAAGCCACUCAGCCUGCCUGUGUGUCUUGCAGUCUUUCUGCAAUUCUCUUCCUGAAUUUUCCUGCCUCCAGUGGGAGGAGCAUUGAGACCUCUGGCUCUGAUCACACACAACACUUUGGAAAGUGACUGCAGCCUGAGCACUGCCUCCCUGUCCACUGUGGAGCGAUGCCCUCGCUGAUCCCGACCUCUGAGUGGCUGCAGGAUGCUGCCCACCUGCGGGCUCUUUCCCUUCCCAGGAAGGUGCUUGGCGUCAUCUCCAAAGUGAGGCUUCUGCCGGGCGUGGUGCCACACACCUGUAAUCGCAGCACUCGGGAGGCAAGGCAGGAGGAUCAUUGCAGGUUGAAGGCCAGCCUGCGUAGUGAGACCCGUCUCAAAAAAUGCCCAAAAAAUACAAACAAAAAUGAGGCUUCUGUGGAAAUGAGCCUGGCGCGGGACUUGUGGCCUUAGCCAGUGUUGCUGAAACCAGCCCUCCCUUCAGAGUCUUACCUGGAGUCCAGGGCUCUGUCCAGACCUUUUCUGUCACAUGGAGAGCUAGAAAUCUUACCUGCCAGUUUGCUUUGCUUAAGUGAAAUAGAGAUCCUUCCUUGACAAGCACCAAGCUCUAGAGCUCAUAUAGGAAGGAGCAGGAGACAUUGUAUGUACAUUUUGUUUCUUUGUGAUUUAGUAAGGGACCUCUUAAAUUUCCACAUCCCAUCCCCACAGUGAAUUGUGCACAUCCUGGCACCUUAGCGAAGUAAAGCUUCAUAGAUUUCUAAGUCUUGACUAUUUUUACUCAGAGCUGACUAGGAAACAGGUGUGAAGAGGCUGGGUGAUCACCAGAACUUGACUGGUAAAAUGGAACCGAAACUAGUGAACUAAGGGCCAAGGGAGACAGCCUCACUAACUGAAGAACGUCCUCUCC